ACCGCCUUCAGUCCCUGGGCGCUUGCUGGCUAGGGUGGCUGGGACCGUUAGCUCGCCAGGCUGGCAGGCUCCGGGCCGCUACUCCACUGGCGGCCGGGAUGGAGACGAUGCGAGCGCAGCGGCUUCAGCCUGGAGUGGGCACAAGCGGGAGGGGUACUCUACGAGCGCUUCGGCCUGGAGUGACUGGGGCCGCCGCUACCACCGCCACACCCCCAGCAGGCCCCCCGCCGGCCCCACCGCCCCCUGCACCGCCCCCGCCGCCGCUCCUCCUGUCGGGGGCCCCUGGGCUGCCGCUGGCCCCCGGCGCCGCCGGCAGCCCCGCGGUGCUACGGGAGGCCGUGGAGGCCGUGGUAAGGAGCUUCGCCAAGCACACGCAGGGCUAUGGCCGAGUGAAUGUGGUGGAGGCACUUCAGGAAUUCUGGCAGAUGAAGCAGUCUCGUGGGGCUGACUUGAAGAAUGGAGCUCUAGUGGUUUAUGAGAUGGUUCCCUCCAACAGUCCUCCCUAUGUCUGCUAUGUCACCCUGCCUGGGGGAAGUUGCUUUGGGAGUUUCCAGUUUUGCCCCACAAAAGCUGAGGCCCGGCGGAGUGCUGCAAAGAUUGCACUAAUGAAUUCUGUGUUUAAUGAACAUCCUUCCCGAAGAAUCACUGAUGAGUUUAUUGAGAAGAGUGUCUCUGAAGCCCUGGCAUCUUUCAAUGGCAACAGGGAGGAAGCUGACAACCCAAAUACAGGGAUUGGUGCCUUCCGAUUCAUGUUGGAAUCCAACAAGGGCAAGUCAAUGUUGGAGUUCCAGGAGUUAAUGACAGUUUUUCAACUGCUACACUGGAAUGGCAGCCUUAAGGCCAUGAGAGAAAGACAGUGUUCUCGGCAGGAAGUGUUGGCUCAUUAUUCACACCGGGCCCUGGAUGAUGAUAUUCGCCACCAAAUGGCAUUGGACUGGGUGAGCCGGGAGCAGAGUGUGCCAGGGGCACUGUCUAGAGAGCUGGCCUCUACUGAGCGGGAGCUCGAUGAAGCCCGGCUGGCCGGCAAGGAGCUGCGCUUCCACAAGGAGAAGAAAGAUAUUCUCAUGCUGGCUGCUGGGCAGUUGGGCAAUAUGCAUUCUUCCAACUGCUAGGCAUCCACCCACAUACUCCCCAUGCUCUCCAGGCCCUUUUUUUAUAUGUCCUUUCUAAGACUUAGUAUGAUUUCUGUACAUACUUUCUUAAUUUUAUACUUUAAAAUACAGAUAUAUAUAUAUAGAUAUAUAUAUAUAUAUGUAUAAAUUCUACAUCUGGAUUCCUGUUUGCUAAGAGAUCCCUUUUCUUACUUCUAGUUUUUGGAUAUAGUUUCAUUUGAAACAUCUCCACUCCACUUUACAAGAAGAGCAGCCUGUCUUUGGAGCUUUCUUAGCUCUUACACUAACAGUAAUUCUGUGUAGUCAUUUCAGUAGCACAAAAUGAUUGACUAAGUGUUCAUGUCUCCUUCUUUUAAAAUAACAGGGAGCUUGAAUAAGGACUAUGUGCCCCAUCCUCACCCUCAUUCCUGCUUUCUCUUGGACUCAAACAGGGUAUGAGUGUGAAGCCUUCUUCGGCUUUGAGCUGGGCCUACGUGGUACCAAGUUGUUCCUCCAGUAACUAGAUAUUUUCCUAGCCUCCACCUCCCCCUUCCCACCACUACCUUACUCCUCCUCUGCCUCCAAAUGGUACUUCAUGUUGAGGCUUCCUUACUUUAUUAUUUGGAAGGAAGUGGAGAUCUGGUUUCUUAUUUUUAAGAUCAAUCCUGAGAAUAUGUUCAGGAACAAGAGAGGAAUUACAGACAGAAUUCUCAAGGGUUUAUCAUCCAAGUUGCUCCUGGGGCAUAGAUACCAUAUCAUCCUGGUAGUCCAGAUUUCUGGAUGUACUCUACAGAAGGGGUCAGGGUUAAAGUUGCUUAUCUUUCAACAUUCUCUUUUCACUCCUCCUUCCCUUGUCACCCAGCUUAGUUAAGCCCUGUAUUUAGGCCUUCCUGCCUGCAGAGAUUGGCAGGAGGUUAAACAUAUUCCCCUCCUCUCUCUCCUCCCAUCAUUCAGCUCUUUGGAAACAUUUUCUGUCCGGUUUGGUGAGGGCCAUGUUCCUCUUACUUCCACAAAGUUGCUGCUGUUUACAACCUUAGAUGUGCAUACCUUAGAUUCACAUGUUUUCUCUCUUUUCUUCACAUUGAUUAUUAGAGCAUGAGUUGAUCAGGAAAAUUAGAUGGCAUUGUGGCACAUCCUAAUUGGAACCUUGGGAGACUGCAGGAGGGGAAAGAUAAUCAAUGAUCAGCUCUUUGUGUUUUUAGUGGUGUUCUCUUCCCCCACCUCUCUCGGGUGAUGUAGGAGAGAAAUGAUCUGGAGUACAGCUAAAACAUUCCCCUUUGGGAGAACUUUUUGUAGGUUUUUCUAAGAUAUAUUUUCCCCUUGUUUCUGUAAUCUCCUUUAUACUAUAUUAUAGCUCAGUCCACUUUCUUGGGAAGUUUAAUGUUCAUGCAAUUGGACUUUUCAUUUAACAAUUUUAUACUUUGCUUUUAGAAAUAGGUUAGGAAACAGGCGAAAAUUUGUUCUUUUGGAUCAGAUAGGGACAAGAUAAAAAUCAGCUUUUUUGUUUUUGAAAUGAUCUUGGUAACCAGUGCAUAGGGGAUCAGAAAUAAGGAAUCUAGCAACAAUUGUAUUAGUGCUUGAAAAAGACUUCCUUGAAUUCUUGAAUCCCCAUUCUGUAUUCCAUGAAGCACCUGUAGGACUGGAGUAGAGGAUCCUACAUUAAAUAGUAGAUGUGUCUAUUCAGUUUUUAUUGAUAUUUAUAAUCCAGAAAUCAUAAACCCUCAUUUCUCCCAUGCUCCUUUCUCUGGGAAGUGUUAAGGGAUGGGAGUUGUGGGAAGAACUUGUCCUUGCACCUCCUGGAUUUAUUAUUUUUCUCAAAUACCAACCAGUAAGAUCCCAAAGAACUUGAGAAAAAUUGUUCCCUGACCUGUCCACUUUUGGUAUUAAAGAUUUUACUUACCUUUUUAGUACUUUCUAUGUAUAUUCUAUGUAUGAUUUUAUACAAUUAAAAAUAGAUUUUUGUCUAGUGAGCCAGAUUGACUCUUUCUUGAGACCUUUAUAUCAGAGGAGCUCUAAAUGACCCUUUCUGUUACAUAUAUACUAAAAAAUAAUUUUUAUUAGUAUUUUUUGGGUGGUAGAAAUAAAAUUGUGCUGCUGGGGAAAGCAUUCUGCCUCCCCUUCUCCAGACAUUUGAGGAGCCUGGAUUUUGUCUUUGGCCCUUUCUCCUCAAGCUCUACCCAUUUUCACUGGCAAUCUCACCCACUAUGGUGGCUUAAAGUCCAUCAUACACAUGAUUCUCAAAUCUCUCUCUUCUACCCCAACCUGUUUUGAGCUGUUACAUCUAUAUUUCCACACAUUAGACAUCACCACCCGAAUAUGACACCAUUUUUUGAACUCACAUACCCAAAAUAAAACCCAUUUCUCCAUACAUGCUCCUCUUUGACUUCCCACAUCUGUUAUAGGAUUAUCUACCCAGUUAUCUAAGCUAGAACCCCAGAUCCAUCCUCAACUCUUCCCUACUGUCAUCUAAUCAGUCACUUACUAUUGAGUUUACCUCCCAUAUAAAUUUCCUAUCUGUUUUUGUCCAUAUCUACUGCCUUAGUUCAGUCCUCUAUCGUUUCUGGGCUAGACCACGGCAAUAGCUUCCUAACUAGUCUCUGCCUUCAUUCAUAACAUCCUACACACUACUGUCAGAUUUAUUUCUAAAAUAUGUGUGACUGUACCACCCCCUUUGCUAAACCAUCACUUAGUUAUCUUUAACUUUAGCAGCAUUUUCCAAAGUUUUAUAUGUGAACUCUUGGUAUUACCUGAGAUGAUUUUAGGUAAUAGAUGGGCAAAUAUUUUUCAUUUUUUCUAGAUAUGCUUUUAUCUGAAUUUGUAGUAGAAAAAUGUAAGUUUUCCACUUAUGGCAGUGAUAUUUAAAUUUAGUGCCAAUUUGCUUUAAAAGUCAGUCUAUUUAAGGAAAAACAGUAAUCAAAAAAUAGUAUGGGGGCUAUUGGCAAAAAUUAAAAAUCAUGAAGUAGAGAAAUUUCUUGCCUACAAGAUAAAUUUCAAAAUCCUUAGCAUGGCAUAAAAUUUGGCCCUAAACUGUAUUUCCAGCUUUAUUUCCUAGUCACACAGCAUACAGAAUUUCUUGCCAUUCUUCAAUAAGUAUUUACCAGAUGUCUACUGUGAGCCAGGCAUUGCUCUAAACUUUGGGCAUAUAGUUGUAAAUAAGAGUCUCUGCCAUAUAGAUUACAUUCUAUUGGGAAAAACAGACAAUAAACAAGUUAGAAAGUAAACAAGGUAAUUAAAGAUUCAGAUUUAAGUUCUGUGAAGGAAAUAACAGAGUCAAGGAUAGGAGGGUAGAGAAGAGCCUUCAGGUGACGGUAGUACUUUAGGGAAACCUAAAGGAUGAGGUUGAACUAGCCAUGUGAAGAGCUCAAUAAGAGCAUCAGGGACAAAAAGUUGCAAAAGUCUUGAGAUGGGAAAGAGUACAACAUAGUUGAGGGAAAGUGUAGGGAGAGCUUAAUGGGUGAGAGGGAAGAAUGGUGGAAGAGGUUGGAAACAUAAACAGAGCUGACUGUGUGAGCUUGAAUUUUAUUCUAAGUGCAAAAAUAAGUCAAGGAAAGGUUUUUAGCAGGGAUGUCACCAACUGAUUUUUAGAAAGAUCACACUACCUAUUGUGCACAAUGGGUUAGUGUCUUAGUCUUAAUAUAACUGCUUUGCCUGGAAAACUACCCAGCCUUAAAGCCUGGUUCAAACAGAAGCCCUACUUUACAUGGACUCUCCUUACUCCAGUCCUAUUAGAAACUUUCUUUGUACUGCCAUAGCACUUUGUGAUAGCAAUUAUCACUUUCAUAAUGUGAUGUAAGUGAUUUUCAUAAUAAAGUGAUUGUUGAUAACGCA